AUGUCUCGCCUUGCCCCCUACCUCGAGGAGCACAACAAGAUGACCGGGCCUGGUGAUGCCCGUCCCUCCGCCAUCAAGAUCAUCCAAGACCAAGACCUCGUCGGAAAGUGGACCGGCAAGGUGGUCCUCGUCACGGGCUGCUCACCCGGUGGCAUUGGGCCCGAAACCGCCAGGGCUUUGCAUGUGGCCGGCGCCGACGUCUACAUCACCGUCCGCGAUGUCCCCAAGGGCGAGCAAGUCGCCAAGGACAUCCUUUCCGAUGGAAAGCCUGGAAAGGUCGAAGUCAUUAAGGUCGACCUGAGCUCCCUUGAAAGUGUGAGGGAAGGAGCCAAGGAGUUCCUGAGCAAGUCAGACAAGCUGCACGUUCUCAUCAACAACGCUGGUGUCAUGGCUUGCCCCAAGGGUAAGACCGUAGAUGGCUUCGAGACACAGUUUGGCACCAAUCACUUGGGUCACUUUCUCCUCUUCCAGCUUCUCAAGCCCGCCCUUCUCGCCGCCUCGACCCCAUCGUUCAACUCCCGCGUCGUCGCCGUCUCCUCCUCCGGCCACCGCUCAGGCCGUAUCCAGUUCGAAGACUUCAACUUCGAAAGCAAAGUCGAGUACGGGCCCUGGCCCGCCUAUGGUCAAUCCAAGCUGGCCAACAUCCAUUUCGCAAACGAGCUCGACCGCCGCUACGCGUCCCAAGGCAUCCGUGCCUUCAGCCUUAACCCUGGAGGCAUCGAGACGCCGCUUCAACGGCACUCGCCCGAACUGCAGAAACAGAUCAAGACACCCGAGGUGCAGGCGUUCCUCAAGGAUACGUCUCAAGGUGCGGCUACGUCGGUGUGGGGCGCCGUGGCCAAGGAGUUGGAGGGACAGGGUGGGAAGUAUCUUGAGGAUGUCAGUAUCGCGGUGAAGGCUGCGUCGGAUGUGAAGCCCGGCGGCGAGGGGUACGUUGCGGCUGCGUACGAUCCGCCCACGGAGAAAAAGCUAUGGAUCGAGAGUCUCAAGCUUGUGGGGGUUGAGGAUGACGCAUGA